AUUCAUUAAAAUAUCUAUUGUUGUCGUCUUCUUUUCUAAUCAUGUUGUUAUGUUUUUGCUACUUCUUUUAUUUAUUAACAUUAAGUCGAGUGUCUUUAUGUCAAGAUAUUUUUGUGGUUAAGAACGGAUCGGACCUUGUGUGUGUGACCAACAGUAGUUCGGCCCUAAGCUGGAAUUAUUUCAGCGGUGCCGGUGCCCAGACUAAUUACGUAUCACACUAUAUUCCAAAUUCACCACCUAACAGUUUUGACUGUGAGAUCACAGAUGACAACAAAACCAAAACUUUCUACGAAAUCAAACCAUGGGCUUUAAAAACAAGUCGGAACUCAAGCAUUAGUAACGAAAUAAUUGUAGACAGACGAUGGGAAGAAAUGAAGACAAUUUUCACCCCUCCUGUCUCCGGCCACGUUCCAGUUAUCCAUAAUUUAAGACCCAAUUUUGUCCUGGCCAUAUCUGUUCGCACUGAGCCUGCAGGUUACAUUCAUCUAUGUAAUUCUAUACGCUCAUCUUGUUUGCUUCUUAAACUAUGGCAGUUUAGAAUCAAUUCCAUUACCUUACCUGACAGAAAUUACUGGGCACAUUUUAAGCUGUUUAGGAAAGGAGAUGGUAUAUAUUUGCAAAAUGAAAAAGGUGAUGUACAUCUGCAGCGAGAAAAUUACACAGAUGAAAUUACUGAAAUGUGGAUAUACAGUGGAUUGUCCUCCGGUUUAUGGAAAAUUCACGAAAUUGACUACAUUUACACGGAUGAAGAAACAAAUGAUACUCAACUGGGACCUCGUAUAGACAUUAAAAACAAUUUUACUUGUAUUUCAAUGAUAGUGUCAAUGUGUGGAUCUUGUCAGUUGAAACUGAAAUUAAAAUCAGACAACUUGUUACUAAAGCAAGAAACGUAUCGUUUACAAAAUAAGAAAAAGAAGUGGUUUGAAAUUAAAUUUAUAAUUGAAAACAUCGUUGUCGACUCAGCACAUUUAUUCGUUUCUACUAUAGGAGGAAAUAAAUCAGACGAUUUUUGGGCAAUUGAUAAAGUUAGACUUUGCCAGAAGACAGAAUUUCGUGUUAUAAGAACUGACCGUGAGUUUAAAUGUCAGCUAGUUGAAGAUAACACACUAGUUUCUUCUGCUAUGUCAGAACCAAAAAUUGAAAGCACCUGCCCGGAAAACACGGUUGGUACCUUUUGCGUUCCAUGCCUCUGGAUCUACCCGUACAACAACUGCGACAAAAUCAGAGUUUGUACAGGAUAUAAAUUAAGAAAAACUGCCUGCUGGUGUUCCGCAGGGUUCACGAAUGUUCCUGGUUGUCAAGAUGUUUGUGCUGACGGGCUGUAUGGACUUAGCUGCAACAAGACAUGUGGAGACUGUACGAGUCGCAAUUUUAACUGCGAUGCAAAAAAUGGUACUUGUCUUUCAACUUGUAGUAAAAACUAUUUGGGGCCUCAGUGCGACAGAAUCGAAGUUUCACCACCUUACGAUAUAGAAAUAAAGUGGUCAAACAACAAAGAAUUAUUAUUAAAAUGGAAAAUUCUACACGGAUCGAAAAGCAAAGUUAACAAUUUUUAUAUUUUAGUGUCUAAAUGUAGAUCUGCAUGCAACCAAACAAAUAUUGUUGUUAAACGUCGAUUGCUUGUAGAAGCAAAUACCGGCAACUUCACUUUCACAAUUCAAUUUGCUUUCGAACCUUCCACUUAUUACAAUGUUACGCUGUGUUCUAACAACAGUUACAGCACAAACAGCGCUUACAAAAUUGACUUAAGUCCACCAGAACCACCACAUCAGUACAAAGAACCUAAACUUAAUUCUACAGAUAGUACUAUUACGAUGGAACUUGAAACUACAGCUAAAAAUUUGACGGUACUGAUUUCAGACGAUAGUGGUGAACUAUAUGCACACCCAGAACUAGAAGUUUUUGGAUCAAUUGUUAGAAAUUUUUCUAAAUACAGAACAGUAGCCGCCUUAAUGGUUAAAGAAAAAUGUGUAGUUGUUAUAGGUAACGGAUCUUUGGAAACACAGAAUCGUCCACUGAUACCAGACACUUCUUAUAACAUUACGUAUAUAUUAAGUAUCACCUACGGAAACAAAACUAGUUACAAAAUUUAUGAUAUCACUUGUUCAACAACAUCCAGCCAACUGAAGCUUCUUAGUUUGUUGAUUUUGCUUCCCACUCCUUUGGUUGCGGGAUGGUUCUUACGGGAAAAAAUAAAAAAAGGAGAAAUUAGCAGAUUAAUUCCCAGACAAUUAAAAUUCAGAAGUGGGGACGAAAAUCCCGAUAUACAGGAACAAAAUUUAGUGGGACUGGAACCAUGCACGUCUAUGUAAAAUGUAGAUGGUUACUAAUUUCCGUUAAAUAAGUAUUUCCAAACUUACGUCAAACAAGCCAAACUGCUGACAAAGUAAAAGUUUAAAAACAACUUAGUGACGUCUUUCUGGAGACACUAUUUUUCGCUCAAAGUAACCAAAAAUUCUGGCAUUUAGUUUACGGAUUGAAAUUCUCAUCUCUUGUCAAUAAAGUGUUCUAUAGAUAGAUAAACGCUUUUUCCUCUAUUUGUCCACAUGCAUUAACGAAAAAUUUUCGGGAAGUUAUUGUUUCACAGGUUUUUCCGAAUUUCCGAAAUUUGUAUGACGAAAUCUUUCCCACAUUGAGAACGAUAACGGUGAACAAACCAUAGGUUACAGGAUACUUAGUAAAAAAAAAAGUUUGUCAUUAAAAUACCUGUUGUUGUGGUACUUCUUUUAUUUAUUAACUUUAGCUGGCCUGUGUCAAUGUUGUAUUUCCUGUUUUUAAACGGAACGUUUUUGCAGUGAUUUGAAAUUAAAUUUAUAGUUCAAAAUAUAGGAAGCAAUAAAUCUGGCGAUUUUUGGGCAAUUGAUAAAGUUAGACUUUGCCAGAAAAGAGAAUUUCGUGGGAUAAGAACUGACCGAGAAGCUAACUGUCAGAUAAUCGAAGAUUACAGACUAGUUUCUUCCGCUAACUCAGAACCAAAAAUUGAAAGCACCUGCCCAGAGAACACAGUUGGUACUUUUUGCGUCCCAUGCCACUGGAUUUAUUCAUUCCACAACUGCGACAAAAUCAGAGUUUGUACAGAGUAUAAAUUAGGAAGAACUGCAUGCUGCUGUUCCGCAGGGUUCACGAAUCUUCCUCGUUGUCAAGAUGCUUGUGUUGAAGGUCGGUAUGGACUUAGCUGCAACAAGACAUGUGGAAAUUGUACCAGUCGUAAUUUGAAAUGUGAUGCAAAAAAUGGUACUUGUCUUUCAACUUGUGUUAAAAACUAUUUGGGGCCUCAGUGCGACAGAAUCGAAUUUUCACCACCUUAUGAUAUAGAACUAAAGUGGUCAAGCAACAACGAAUUAUUAUUAAAAUGGAAAAUAUUACACGCACUCGAAAGCAAACUUAACCGUUUCGAUAUUUUAGUGUCUAAAUAAUGUAGAGAUUAUACAUGCAAGAAAACGGAUACUGUUUUUAGAGACAAGUUGUCUUUAAAAACAGUCACCAGCAACUUCACUUACAGAAAAAAGGUUAACUUUCCUAUUGAACCAUCUACUUAUUACAUGGUUACGCUGUAUUCUAACAAUAGCUAUAGCACAAACAGGAAUUACGUAAUUGACCUAAGUCCACCACAACUAGCAAAAAAUGUACAAAGAAGCAAAACUUACACCGACAGAUUACUUACACCAUUACGAUAGAAGUAGAAACAAGUGCCAAAAAUUUGACGGUACUGAUAUCAGACGAUAGCGGUAACUUAUAUGCACAUCCAGAACUGGAAAUUUUUGGAUCUAUAGUUACCAAUUUUUCUAAAUACAGAAAAGUAGUCGCCCUAUUGGACUGUGAAAAAAAAUGUGCAUUUGUUAUAGGUAGCGGACCUUUGGGAACACAAAAUCCUCCACUGAUCCCAGACACUUCUUAUAACAUCACUUACAUAUUAAGUACCACCAACAGAAAUAAAACUAGUCACAGAAUUUAUUACACAACUUGUUCUUCUACAUACAAUAGAUUAGUGCUUCUUAGUUUACUGGUUCUGCUUCUCAUUCCGUUGGUUUUCGCAUUCUUCUUAUACAAAAAAAACGAAAACAAGGAAUCAGCAAAUUCAUUCCUAGACAGUUAAAAUCCAAAACUGAAGAGAACAAUCCUGGCAUUCAGGAACAUACUUCAGUAGAACUGAAACCAUCUAAGUCUAGUCAAAAAAGAAAAACUAGAAGAAAUACAAAAAAUGUAAAUAGUUACUUAAACCCGGUUUCCCCUUCCAAGGUAAUUUCUGUUAAAGAUUUUCAAACUUACGUCAAACAAGCCGAAAGUGAUGGCGAGCUCAAUGAACAGUUUAAGGCGAUCAGUAGUACCGAGAAAAUUUACGACGAGGUUGAAGGCAAUCACUUUUUCCAUUACAUCGACAUGACGUUUGUUAAUGGUAAUGUGAUCCCGAAAGCAUUUCUAGUAACUGAGGUACCAAAAUUGAGUGAGACACAUCAUUUCUGGAGGAACAUUUUCGAAAGGAACGUCAAACGUAUAGUGGUACUAAACUCUCAACAAUACUCCAAGUGUUUUCAGUACUGGCCACAAGUGAACGAGAAACUGGAGUAUGACAAUAUAUGAUAGUAACUUUGAUGUUCAACUUUUGCCGUAUUUAAAAGGCUUAUAGAAGAAAAGUGGAGGAUUUAAGUUGAUUACUACAAAAAUUUACCAUGUUAGACAUGUUUGAUGUUUCUUGUUCGAAAUAAGUCUACACAUACUAAGAAAAAAAAGACAAAAUGUAAGCCCCACCCAUACCUGCCGUGAUCUAAAUAGUAAUUAAGUUUUCAUUCGUUGGCAAAACCUAGGGGCGGAGCCUAAUUGCAAAAUUCUCAUUUCCUUGCAAAAACCAUUUUAACCAUAUUUUAAGUUUCUUGUUAAGAAAAACGUGUUAAAAUAAAAUAGGGGUGGGCUCACAAUUAAGGAACUUCACUUACAAAAAAAUGGUGGUAGGAUUAUAAUACUUAUUUACGAUUAAACAUUUUGAGGUGACGUCAACACAUUUCCUAUAUUUGAGCUUAGCUCGUUGGAAAUAAACUAGGAAAUAAAUAAAGAAA